GACGACGACAACGCUGGCGGAUGCGAUUGGGGGCGCAGCCAGAGCGACGGUGAGAGCUUUGCUGCUGCUGAGCCCCCGGCUUGCGGUCUAUAAAUCGAUUGCGCCCUUGGCAGCUUGGCUUCUUCUCGAACAAUUCUCCGAUCUCCUUGAGCGAUACCUCACCUCGCCACUGCAACCCCACCGAUUUACCUACCUACCGGGCACGCCUCCCCCACCUCCACCUCCACACACCAUGACGCUCUCCUACCGCUCCGGCGUCUCCGUCGCCCUCAUACUCCUCUACGUCCCGGCCCUCCUCAUCGCCAUAUUUCUCACCGUGCGCCACGGCCUCAAACGCUCCUCAGGCUGGCGCUUCAUGGUCAUCUUCUCGCUGGCACGCCUCCUCGCCGCCUCCUUCCAACUAGCCACCAUCGCGCACCCCACCAACGUCUCGCUCUACGUCGGCGAGUGGGUGCUCCUAGGCAUAGCGCUCUCGCCACUCGAGCUGGCGGCGCUCGGCCUCCUCAGCCGCAUCCUCGAGAGCAUCAACAAGUCGCGCCCCACGCUCGUCACGCCCAAGCAUAUGCGCCUCGUGCAGCUCAUGAACACGGCUGGCGCGGUUCUGGGCAUUGCCGGCGGCAUCAGGGCCGGCCAUAACAACGACAACGGCGUCGUUGUCGCGCCAACGAUCUCAAAGGUCGGCGUCGCCCUGUUCAUCGCGUCGUUUUGCUGCAUUGUCGUCGCCGCUGUCGUCACCUGGCCUAGCGUGGCGUAUGCCGAGAAGGGCGAGAAGAGGCUGCUCUGUGCGAUUGGUGCUGCUACGCCGUUUUUCCUUGUGCGCGUUAUCUACACCGCCAUGAGCUGUUUUGACUCGAAGAAAGAGUUCAACCCCGUCAUGGGCGACAUGGAUCUGUUGCUGGGCAUGGCGCUGAUCAUGGAGUUGGUUAUUGUCUGUAUUUUUGAGGGCGUGGGGUUGACUUUGAAGAAGCUUCCGAAGGUGGAGAAGAUCCCGCAGGAGGAGGAGGCAGAUAUGGCUUAAAAAUGUUGGUGCUGUGUGUUUGUGAACUUUUUGAAAUAGACUGGAUG